CUGGAUUAAAAACCCUAGCUCUGUACUAUAUCAGUGACAAACCCUUCAUUGUGCCGGAGUUGUGCGGCUCUGCGAAACUUCGAAAAUGGGUGCGUACAAGUAUGUAUCGGAGCUAUGGAGGAAGAAGCAGUCUGAUGUCAUGAGGUUCCUGCAGAGGGUGAGGUGCUGGGAGUACAGACAACAACCUUCGAUUGUCCGUCUCGUCAGGCCUACUCGUCCCGAUAAGGCUCGUCGUUUGGGUUACAAGGCCAAGCAGGGCUUUGUGGUGUACCGAGUCCGUGUGAGACGUGGUGGACGCAAGAGGCCAGUGCCAAAGGGUAUUGUGUAUGGAAAGCCCACAAACCAGGGAGUUACCCAACUCAAGUUUCAGAGGAGCAAGCGGUCUGUUGCUGAGGAGCGUGCUGGAAGGAAAUUGGGCGGCCUCAGAGUCGUCAACUCCUACUGGCUCAACGAGGAUUCGACCUACAAGUACUACGAGAUCAUCUUGGUUGACCCAGCACACAAUGCUGUGCGUAAUGACCCGAGAAUCAACUGGAUCUGCAACCCAGUGCACAAACACCGUGAGCUCAGAGGACUUACCUCAGAGGGAAAGAAGAACAGAGGACUGCGCGGAAAGGGACACAACAACCACAAGAACCGCCCGUCUCGCAGAGCAACAUGGAAGAAAAACAACUCUCUCUCCCUUCGUCGUUACCGUUGAUUGCCUUUUUCUAUUAUUAUUAUUAUCAUCUUCUAGGUUCCAUGCUGUUUCGCUGCUUUUAUCUUUCGCAUAUUGACUUUUGUGUUUGCAAAAUUUUGGAGACAACAAUUGCGUUUGAGUUAUGGUUUGAACCCAGACUUUAUAUUUGCUUGUGUUUUUUUUGUUAAUCCCUUGUCCAAUGUUGAACUACAUUUCGAAAUUUUCUUUCAACGAAGUCCACAAUA